AUGCAAUGUCCCUCACGACGCUCUCUCAAUGAAGUUGUGAAACUUGAUUGGACGAAGAAAUGCAAAGCCGCUGAUGCAUCAAAUUACGGAUUGGGUGUAGUGGCCUCACACUGUUAUAAAGACGGAUCUGACAAGGCAGUCGCACAUGCUCACUACUGCCAUGUGGAAGGGAUUACAGCCAAGUUGAAAAAGAAGCAGAUGCGCCUAUAUUCACCGUGA